GGUGAACCAGAUGGUGACUCGGUCAGUUAGCUCGCACAGGUUAGCCGCGCUGCUAACCCGAACCGAGAGAGUCGCCUCGGCCGCUGUCGACAGUUCGCCUGGUGCGGAACUCGGCUCGACUUCCCCCUUCUCAAAGCUGGUUAAACACCCCAGGUUGCUGUGUGACUCUGAACCCGACAUGACCUGAAGUACACUUAGACGCACGAGUGCAGAGACUUCUCUUGACCCAUAGACUCCUGCGGACCCACACACUAAUCUUACAUAAUCCAAACGCCACAUGUGCACGACCUCUUGACACACACUGACUAGCAACGACAAACACAGUUGCUGACCUGUCCCUCAGCUCACCGCAAACGCAGCUCCUGGAACCCAUACUGCAAACGUCGCCACGCCUCUCCUCCCAUCUCUUCCGCUCUCCCCUUCUCCUCCCCUCUGCAUACCUCUGGAGCUGCUGCACAUAACUUUUUCUGAUCUUUCUGAAUUUUUUCGUUUGAUGCGAGCCACAGUGAGGAACACUACCCACUCCCCAGCUGAGCUACUGCACAAUGGUCGCACAUCAGCAUUUGUAGCCACAGGAUGACACAUCUGGAACAUAUUUUUACCUGGUCAAUUUUUUUGGACACAUUAAUUGUAUCAUAGUGAUGAUUACUGCCUCCGGCGCCAUCAUCUGCAUCCGUUUGGCUUCGAGCACAGAGCAGCAGAGAUGCUCGCUGAUUAACUUUGCCGGAUAUCAUGGACACCUCUCAACAUCAAACCAGUCUAUAAUGGGAGGAGAAGAAGAGAAGAGGGAAGGUUCUGGCUUGCCGGAGAAGAGAGAACCUAAGGAAGAAGCAGAAGAGAGUGAGAGUGAGAAGGAUGUGGAGGAGGACAGAGACAUGCAGAUCCCUCUGCAUCGCUGGGUGAUGCACGGGGCAGUGAUGUUUGGACGCGAGUUCUGCUACGCCAUGGAGACGGCCCUGGUGACGCCAGUGCUGCUGCAGAUAGGCCUUCCGGAGCAAUAUUACAGUUUAACCUGGUUCCUCAGCCCCAUCCUUGGUCUCCUCCUCACACCUGUGAUCGGCUCAGCCAGUGACCGAUGUUCUCUGCCAUGGGGCAGAAGACGCCCAUUCAUUCUGGCCUUGUGUGUGGGUGUGCUGCUGGGAGUGGCACUGUUUUUAAACGGAUCAUUAAUAGGUCUUUCCAUUGGUGAUAGCCCCAACAACCAGCCAAUCGGGAUCAUUCUUACUGUAUUAGGUGUGGUGGUGCUGGACUUCAGUGCUGAUGCCUCUGAGGGACCAAUCAGAGCUUACCUUCUCGAUGUUGCGGACACAGAGGAGCAAGAUAUGGCCCUGAAUAUUCAUGCCUUCUCUGCUGGGCUCGGUGGAGCAGUUGGCUACAUGUUGGGUGGCCUGGACUGGACUGGCACAGCUCUGGGCCAAGCAUUUAAAUCACAGGAACAGGUUCUUUUCAUGUUUGCAGCCAUCAUUUUCAUUAUCUCUGUCACUCUGCACAUGUUCAGUAUCCCUGAGCGACCCUUCGCUCCAUCCACCCUGCGCAGAGUCACAGGAAGUGGGGAGUCGGCCAGCCAGUUCUCUUUCAGGCCCGUUGGCCACACGUCACCCCUACUUGAUGUGAUUGCAGAGGAGGAUGCUUCUGGUCAAGCCCCGUCCCAGGAGAACAACGAAUCCGAUCCGGAGGAAAGGGAAAUAGAUUUCCUUACUGUGGAGAGAGUGCGAAGUAAAAGUGAUUCAAUCUUAGCCUUGCCAGUUGCGACCAUCGAGCUGGAUCCUGACCUUGACCCAGAUUCACAACUUUUCCUGCCAGAGGUGCAUCACUUUCUACCACAGACUCAGGCAGAAUUAGAAGAUGCUUUCAAGCCAUCAGACCACAGUAUUGAGUCCUCUCCUCCUCCUGGUGAACCACCCACCCUUACUGACUUGCAACCAAAAUACCCAUUUUUGGGUAAGGAUCCAACAAACUGGCCUUGUUCUCACCCUUGUAUCAGCUCCGGCUCCGAGGACUCACGUCAGAGACAGUAUGUCAAGGAGGCCAAUGGUGUCAAAACAUGCUCGUCCUCUUCUGAUUACACCAAUGCAAUGAGAGGCCAUGCUUCCAGUAAGCUUGGGAACCGUCCCUUGACCACAUCGGUUUCAUCACGGCCACACCCACACACCUUCUACAGACAACCUUCCUUUACUUUCUCCUAUUAUGGACGAGUCGGAUCGCAGCGCUAUCGACUGCGACGGACAGCGCCUUUGAGCCCUCGGCCAAUCACCACCUCCCGCAGUCUGAAUGAUCUUAGUGACCUCCAGGGCUACGCAGACAGGCGAGUGUUGCAGCUGUCAGUCGGCAGUCUGUCAUCUGAGGGCUCAAGCAGCGAGGGAGGACCAGACAGGGGUACAACUGUUAGACUGCUGUGGUUGUCCAUGUUGAAGAUGCCGAGGCAGCUGUGGAGAUUGUGCAUUUGUCACCUUCUCACAUGGUUCUCCAUUAUAGCUGAAGCUGUAUUUUAUACUGAUUUCAUGGGGCAAGUCAUUUUCCACGGAGACCCCAAGGCACCAGCUAAUUCCACAGAGAUACAGAAUUAUCACAGAGGAGUUCAGAUGGGCUGCUGGGGACUGGUGGUCUACGCUGCUACUGCUGCAGUUUGCUCUGCCAUCCUCCAGAAGUACCUGGAUAAUUUUGAUCUCAGCAUUAAGGUCAUCUACAUCCUUGGAACUCUGGGAUUCUCAGUGGGAACGGCAAUCAUGGCAAUCUUCCCUAAUGUUUAUGUUGCUAUGGUGAUGAUCAGUAGCAUGGGCAUAAUCUCCAUGAGUAUCUCCUACUGUCCCUAUGCAUUACUCGGGCAAUACCAUGAAAUCAAAGAGUACAUUUACCACAGUCCAGCAAACACUAGAAGAGGCUUUGGUAUUGACUGCGCCAUCUUAACCUGCCAGGCAUAUAUCAGCCAGAUCUUGGUUGCGUCCGCCUUGGGAGCCGUGGUGGACGCAGUUGGCAGCGUUCGUGUCAUUCCUAUAGUGGCCUCUGGAGGCUCCUUCCUCGGCUUCCUCACUGCCUGUUUCCUUGUGAUUUAUCCGGACAUGGAGCCCAGCAGCUCACAGCAGGACCAGGGCCUGGGGGAUUUGUCUGCCGAAUCAGACCAGAAUGGAGAACGGACCAGUGACCAGAGACUGGCUCUGCUGAACCUCACAGACAGAGACAGUUUGAAGAAGACAGAGAAUCACUCUGUUGCCUAAGCACGGAAAUAAUGGUUUAGGUAUAUCCUCACCAAUUACAAGCCACGGCAUUGGAGGAUUAUACCAAAUGCAUCCAAGUUAAAUAUUUGUUGGCGUGUGCUUUUCUGGAGGAGGAAAGAUGAUGAAAGCGAAGGAUAGUUAGUCGGUAUGGAUUUGGAUAGAUAUUCUUUGGAGCAGAGGACUGACAUGACUAUUGCUACCUCAACCCCAAUAUAGAUGUAUGUUUGGAUGAAUAGAAGAACAGUCUUAAAACACAGAAAGCCAUUAUACAGAGGAAACUGAAUUUGCUUGAGGCUCUUGGAGACUCUCAUCCGAGAGGCUUCUUCAGUUUCAAACCUGGCAUUAAUGUCUGUCUGAUGUUGUCUGAUCUCAAGUGGACUGGGCUGCAUAUGGCCACUCCACUUAUUGUGUGAACAAUGUGUCCUGUGCCACAUUUAAGGGUCAACUCGCUUUUACCGGCUUUAAACAGUUUCAUAAUGAACUGGAAAUGUUUUUUUACACUUCUUAGUGUUUCACAGGCAUUAAUGUUUAGGGGGGCGCUUGCUACAAAAUCAACAUUAGCUAUGUUUCCAUCAACCUAUUUUGAUGUGCAUUUUCAUGUAUCGUAUCAGAAAAAGUUGAUGGACAUGGCAAAAACUUCUAUUUCGCAAAAAGGUUUAUACUCGGUUUAAAUGAGGUGGUUUUUGCCUAUUGCGAAAAAGAGUUAAUGCUCAAAAUGCAAGAUGGAAAUUACUUUGUCGAAUAGGUUUUGAUGUACAGAACAUUCAACUCAAAUGACUGAUCAGCCGUCCCCGCUGUCGGAGUCUUCCUCCGAGCUAUGGUUGCGUAAGACCCAUGGUCUUAUCGCCCUCGCCGCCACUGCGUGCAUCAGAAUGGUGCUAUGAUAACUUGUUCAAUUGAAAGUAACUCGUGCGGACCUCUCUCCAUGUUCCCUCUCUCCAUUGCCAAGCAUACAACAUGUCGUGUGGGUAUGUUGCCAAAGCAACUGUUGUUUUGUUUUUGGUUUGCAACCUCUACUUCUUCUACUGUUCUAUUACGGUAGGCCUAUGUAGCCUAUACCGCUAUCUUCUGACGAAACUGGUCUAGUUUAUUCAAACCAAUUGAAGGUUCACAUUUUCUCUUUUGCAAACUUACAAAAGUUUAGAUGGAAACAGAGCCAUCGACCCCUCUCUGUCCCUCAGCCACUCACUCAAGCUGUUUUCAGACAUGAACUCUGGAAAAUGGCCGAAAAAUCAGCAUUUGCCGUUCAUAUAGGAAGAACGCAGCAGGAGAUUGUUUAGACGUGUUCACAACAGCUGGAACACUUCCGGAACAUUUAUGGCGAGCGAGUGGGCCGUCUGCCCAGGCGCCAUCCCUCACCUAAGAUUUUUCAGCUGUAUUCUCGCACAGGCUUACUUGGGCAUUUUACGGAAGUCUUACAAGGGGGCCGGCAGGAAAAGUUCCGGGAAAUGUCUGGAGCAUCAUUUUGCGGACAUUUGUGCUCACAUACAUCCCCUUCGGAAAAGUUCAAGAAAAUGUCUGGACUUUGGUGCAUGUCUGAAAGCAGCUUCAUCCACACAUACAAACACUCCACUUGUGAUUGGAUUAUCCGAGACACAUGUAAACGGCAGGUGUGAACUGGGCUCCCGAGAGUUGUGAAGGUCACGUGGGGCUGUUUCCUCACAGACAUGUGACAGUGAUUUUUGGUCAGACUGUUGAAACUAACUCAGUUCAGAGCACUGAAGCAAACACAAUGGUUUUUUACGAAAACCUAAAUGGGAAGCACAGAGCACUUUCUGUCUUACUACUGAGCAGUACUGUCACACUGAUGCUGCGGAAUGACGCAACGUGUGACAUUUCACUUCACUGAGGCUGCUCUAUCACUGCUUGAUAGACCAUCACAAUGCUGUAGGAGUGUUAGUUUGUGUUCCUCUGCUUUACUGGAUACAGAUGUUGAUAUUUGUUCAAAUCUGUUAUUUUAUAAUUGACACAAAGUUUCCAAACUACAGGUGUAACCUUCUAUGUUUGUUGUAGACACACACAGAACAGUUUGUUUUAAUUUCAUACACUUUUUUUAUCCACAUUUACCACUUUGGAAUCUGUAAACACAGUAAGCUAGUGUGCCUAUAAGUGCUCUUUUAUGAUAUUUAUUUAACAUAUAAGACGUAAUUCUUGUCCAUCUGAAUCUGCAAUGUCACUACAGUAACGGAAUAAAUGUGGAGUGAAAUGUAUAAUAUGUCCCAACAUAGGUAUAAAAAAUGCACGAAAUCUAAAUUCUCAGGAAGUUAAAGUCGAGCAGAGUUCAAAGGUCAAACUGUGCAGAAACCUUGCACAGAGUGAGAGAACGUGCAAAUUAGUUAAAUUAAAUGAAAAAUUAAGCAAAUCAAAAAGGAAAGGUUGGAUUUUCCUCUGACAGCACAGAGUGUUUCAACUGUAUCUACAGAUGAAACCAGCAGAUUAGAUGCUGCAGUCGACAGAUGACAGAUUUUGCAUUUGCAAUCACCGUGAAUUCCCUCUUCGGCGGUCGUUCAUCCUGGCCUCUCAGAUUUGUCCUCAGGUGAUUUUGGUUUACAGUGGGGUUGUGUUGCAGGUUGGCUUUUCAUAUUUGCUUUCUAUUGAAUGAAUUGUAAAUGGCUUUUUUAAAUUUAUUUUUUUAUGUACAUUCCAAAUACACAGUUGAAAUUGGGGAAAUGUUCCACGAAGAGCCUGUCAUCAUCGUGGAAUAUUUGUCAUAUUCAGACGUUGGAGAAUAAUUGAACAGAAAAACUUUUGUAUUUUUGCAGUUUGUUCUCGGAGCCUUGCUUUACAUGGUGUGCCUUGGUGAUCAUUUGACAGCUAUAUACAACUGUCCUGCUGUAAAUAAGAUGAAUAGCUCCCAUACCGACAGAGAGUCUUCAACUCAGUCUCUGCCACACGCGAACACAUAUUAAUUUCCUCAAACCUAAUAAGCUACAGACUUGUGUUGAGUCUCUCCUCUCAGUAGAACCUUCUCACUGUUUGAAUCUGAGAGUUGGUGUAAAUGCCCAGAGCAGCCUUUGUCUCCACGGAUGAGAGCAUUAUUUGUUUAAUUUUCAGAGGUUCAAUGUCACAUGGUCUGUAAUAAUGGUGCAUAUUGAACGGCAGAGAGGACGUCUUCUAUGCAAGGCCAGUGACUGAUCCACAGUGUGGAAACUUAAACUGCGACCAAAUGAGCCUUGAAGUCAAAGCACAGGACCGCCUCUGUCUGUUUUCCAUAUUUUUAAGGAUUGUUCAAAUUAGAGGAAACUGUGAAAGUGGAAACACAGCUUCUUACAUCUCUGACUUGACAGAGCAAUAUUUUUUAUUAUCAUUGAACUCUGGAGAGACCUUUUUUUUUACUGUAAUUAUCAGUAUUGGGGCCUUGUAUCCUGCCAACUAUGUGUGCCUUUCAUGCCAGAACUUUUUUCUUUUUAUGUCCAUUGUUAUUUAGUAUUUAAGGCCUUAAGAUUUACACAAUCAGAUUUACAAGCACAAAGAGAACAAUACCACUCUGUGGAUUUCUGCAUCUAACGACAAAGGGAAAGUGCUGAGAUAAUCAAACCAAAAAUAAUCUUCUUUUUGUAAAAUAAUGCAGAGACCCUGAGUGUGUGUGGAACGGGAUGUGUGCCAUUGUGUUCUUAGGGAGUUGUUCUGGGGCUGUUUUUAAAAGCACCUUUUGACAAGAGGUUGGGCUACAUGUAUACAGUACAGUUCUGUCAAUCUGUUCUUGGAAUCUGUGAACACAUAAAAAAACCUUUUCACUUUUUCCCCAGAAAGUGAGAAAGAAAGAUUUCCCCUUCCAGCCUCCUUUUCUGUUACAAUAAUUAAUUGGUUUAGUUUGGUUCAAUAAUUAACCUCAGCAGGUUUCAAUGUUUCAGAGACGUUUUCAUCUGUCUGGGGAAUAACACUGUUUUUCACGUGAAACUACUGUAUUGAUUUUAUACACUUUUUUUGCAAUGAAAGUCUAUGACACUCCUUUUGCUGCUGUACAGACUUUUGUACAACAAAAUCGUGGUAUUUUUGUACCAAUUAUAUGAAAGAAGCCAAUGAAUGCA